GCCAGGGAUAAUUCUUAUCAUUAAUACAUAAUAGGUACACUUAUUUUACACGUCAGACGUCAUCACCUGCCGACGUGUAAAGUUCGUGGCUUGAGCUUUCUUACUUUGAACACCGACAAUAGUUUCGUAGUGUUUUUAGUUUAGUUUCUUGAACAAAAAAUGUGCAAGAGCUUUUAAUACAUUUUUUUACACAUUAUUAAUUAAUUAAUAAACUUCCACACCGGUUGUACUACAAUAUAAAAUUAAUAGACGAAAGUUUAAUCAUAUUUGUUCCUGAUGUGUAACAGUACACAACAGUUUCCUAACCUGCAACGACAAAAGCUCUCUCAAUCAUCCUCGAACGAUCGACGAACAAUCACACAUGUUAGAAAAUGUUCAUGGUGUUUGCGAGCUUGUUGAUCGUGCUAAAAUGCGCGUCCUUGGCCGGUGGCGUACUCCAAAGGUACGAAAAAAAAGACCUGACAAAGCUACGCGAGGAGACACGCGCUAUGUUUGACCACGCGUACUCCAGUUACAUUAAGUACGCUUAUCCUUACGACGAGUUGCGCUCUCUGAGCUGCGAUGGCUUCGAUACCUGGGGCAGCUUCUCGCUCACCCUUAUCGACGCCCUCGACACGCUGGCUGUGAUGGGAAAUUUCACAGAGUUCCGCCGAGUCGCCGAGAUCAUCGCCUCGAGGUCCGACUUUGAGGCCAACAUCAACGUAUCGGUAUUUGAGACCAACAUCAGGGUAGUGGGUGGUCUUUUGAGCGCGCACUUGCUGUCGAAAAAAGCUGGGAUGCAGCUGGAGCCCGGCUGGCCAUGUAAUGGGCCACUGCUGAGAUUAGCAGAGGAUAUUAGCAGAAGACUGAUGGUAGCCUUUGACACACCGACCGGGAUGCCAUAUGGCACUGUCAAUCUCAAGUAUGGAGUUCCACCCGGUGAGACGACCAUCACGUGCACAGCAGGUAUUGGCACCUUCAUCUUGGAGUUUGGCACUUUGUCAAGGUUGACUGGUGAUCCUGUAUACGAGGAGGUAGCUAUGAAUGCAAUGAAAGCUUUGCACUAUUACAAGUCUAAUAUUGGCUUGGUGGGAAACCACGUGGAUGUGAUGACUGGACACUGGACCGCUCAGGAUUCUGGAAUAGGUGCUGGUGUCGAUUCCUACUUCGAGUACUUAGCCAAGGGGACUCUGCUCUUUCAAGAUCCAGAGUUGGCUGCUAUUUUUCACGAGCACAGAGCAGCCAUUGAAAAGUACAUUAGACGAGAAGACUGGCACCUCUGGGUUUCUAUGACAAAAGGACAAGUAACUCUACCGGUGUUUCAAUCGUUGGAUGCCUAUUGGCCGGGCGUGCUCAGUCUUUUUGGUCAAGUUGAAGAUGCCAUGAAAUCAUUACAUAAUUACCAUAGAGUAUGGAAACAGUUUGGCUUUACCCCAGAGUUUUAUAACAUUCCACAAGGAGAGGCAGGAACUAACAGAGAAGGCUAUCCCCUGAGGCCUGAGUUAAUUGAGUCUGUUAUGUACUUGUACAGAGCAACUGGUGAUCCAUAUCUGAUUCAAGUUGGAGUUGAUAUUCUAAAAAGUCUGCAGCACAGUGCAAAAACCACGUGUGGCUAUGCCACAAUAAAUGACGUCAGAGAUCAUCGCAAAGCCGAUAGAAUGGAAUCAUUUUUCCUCUCAGAAACAACGAAAUAUUUGUACUUGCUAUUUGAUCCUGAUAAUUUCAUUCAUAACGCAGGAGAACAUGGUGAUGUCAUCGAAACGGAAUGGGGACAGUGUGUUGUAGAUGCUGGUGGUUACAUUUUCAAUACAGAAGCUCAUCCUAUCGAUCCUGGUGCACUUCAUUGUUGUCAGUACCCGCACAACCUGUUUUCUCAAAAAAAAGCCAGCAUACGCAAGUUUGCUGCUGUCAAAAAUAGAAAAAACCAAAACCCUGCCGAUAUCAAGUAUUUUGAAGAUGAUGAGAGCAAAAGAGAAGCAAGUAAUGAUGCUAUAAGAAUUGAAAAACUUUCAAAAAUAAAGAGAAUCAGAACGAGUAGUAAUGCUGAUAACGAAAGCUCUGAAAGUUAUACAGAAACCAACAGCACGCAAAAAACUGAAAUGGAAGAUACAAACAAAGUGAGAGUUACAGCUCCCCCAAGUGGAGCUUACAAAUCAGAUGACAGUGAAAAUUUAGAAACAAUUGUAACUGCGUCGCAAGCAACUGCAGACUUCUCAACUCAUAAUAAUGAUGGAUCUGGUAAAAAUGAAAGCAUUAACAACGAAGAAACUUUUUCGGAAGAAAAGUUUAACUAUGACCCACAGGUCAUGCUUGAAAGAAUUAGAAAACACAAUUAUCCUACAAAUCUAACAGCAAAAGAAGAUUAUCUUUUACUAAGCUGUCAGUCACAACCAUUUCUUCAACGUUUGGCUAUUGUAGGUGAAUUCUUUUAACAUCUUGUAAUUGUAUACACUUCAAAGUACAAAUGAGUAAUUAAGUUCGUCUGUGUGAUUUUUCUUAGAUUACAAGUUAAGACUAGUCAGUUGCAAUUAUUUAAUUUAUGUGCACUGAUGAAACUUUUUUUUUCGUUCUCACACUAGUUCCCAUACUUUUAUUCAUUUUUAAAGUAUAAUAAUGUCAAAUUAUAUCAACUAAAUAAUAUUGUAUCAGUUUUGCAACGUGCAUACAACUUGUUGAUUCCUAAGUGUGAUGGAUAAAAAAUACCCACAAUUUUCAAUUUUCUUGUCACCAAUGUUUAUAGAUUUAAUUCAACUUUUACUAAAAAAAAAAAAAGACUAUGGAUUCCAUUUGAAUUUUUAUAAUGAUUCAUGUAAAUAUUUAUGAACGGAAAAAAAAAUUUAUCAUACGAUUCUAAGCAUCAAGGGUGCAAUAUUUUGUCAACGAAAAAGGUAUGUGAGAAUCAUGUGAUACGCGCUUUGUGAGCACAGGACGAUGAGUAAAUUGAUAAUUUUAUCACGAGUGUACAUAAAGCUUUUGAGAG